UAAUAUUUUAUAUCUCAAUGUUAAAUAUAAAUAAUUACUGAAUUUGCAAUAGUCUAUAGUUUUUAAUAUGAUAGUAAAAUAGUACUUUUAUUAUAGUUAUCUACUAACAAGACAAGUUUUUACUUCGUGGCGUCUCCGCUAUGAAUGGUUCAGUAUUUACAUCUAUUUCGUUCAUGUUUCGCUCUUAAUUCGUUGCCAAUCACUUGAAAUAGUUUAAUGGAGGUAAUGUGUACGUAGAUUGAGUCAGUAAAGAAUUAAAAAUUUUUUAUGUUCUAAAAAUAGUCACGAAUAAUAAAGAAAAUUUUUUGAGAUGUCACAGAUUACUGUAACAUCAAGUGUAAUGGAAAGAAGCAUUCAUGAAAUGUUAAAAGAUGCUCCUUCUUUAAAUGAGAGCGAUAGUGCUGUUCAUUCUGGAACACCUCCACCACAUGUUCCAAAUAAUUGUAGUGGAGAUAAUUUACCUAGACCAGCUACCAUAAAUUUAACUGUAGGUAGCUCGGUGCCACAAACAUCAAUGAAUGUAUCUCCAAACACACCUAUUCAAAAUGGAGAUACGCAAACAAUGCGUACAGCUCAAAGUAAAAUUGAAAGUAUUAAAAAUUGGAGUAUUUCUACAUAUAAAUGUACUAAACAACUUAUGUAUGAAAAACUUGGGAAAACAUCACGUACCGUUGAUUCUGAACUUGAGAGUCAAAUUGAAUUAUUGCGAGAUACUCAAAGGAAAUAUUGCAAUAUCUUAAGAUUAUCUCGGGCUUUAGCCUCUCACUUCCAUCAUGUGGUACAAACUCAACAUGCUUUAGGAGAAGCAUUUUCUGAAUUAGCACAAAAAUCACCUGAAUUACAAGAAGAAUUUUUGUAUAAUUCAGAAACACAAAGAAAUUUGACUAAAAAUGGGGAAACACUGCUAGGGGCUUUGAAUUUCUUUGUAUCUUCUGUAAAUACUCUUUGCAACAAGACUAUUGAAGAUACUUUACUAACAGUACGUCAGUAUGAAAUAGCACGAAUUGAAUACGAUGCAUACAGAACAGAUCUUGAAACACUAGCACAGGCUAUAAAGUCGGAUGGAAAUAAUGCAGCUAGAUUAGAAGAAGCACAGUUAAAUUAUGAAGAACACAAACAAAAUUUUGAAAAAUUACGUUCUGAUGUUUCAAUUAAAUUAAAGUUUUUAGAUGAAAACAGAAUUAAAGUAAUGCAUAAACAGUUACUCCUAUUUCAUAAUGCAGUAUCUGCUUAUUUCUCUGGGAAUCAAACUGCAUUAGAAGCAACGCUUAAACAAUUUAAUAUUAAAGUUAAAUCUCCAAAUUCAUCUUUACCAUCAUGGUUAGAACAGUAGUCUUUGAUAAUGUGUAUUUGAAGAUCAUGAAGAAUAUAAAAGAAUGCAUUCGUCCAUACGAAUCUCCUUUAACACAACAUACAGUAAAGGUAGGAUUCCUAAAUAUCAGGAUAGUUAUUCGUACAUAUUGAGCUGCCGAAUACUUUAUCAGUUUAAAUCAUUUAUAAAUCAGAAAAAUGUAUUAUAUGAUGUAAAAAUGACAGACUGAAUUGUAUUGAUUAUAGUUUCUCUGUACUAAGUCAAAAAACCACAUUUAGUGUCUAUGCGUCUUUUUGAAAAUAGAUGUCCCACCUAUUUUUCUUAUUAAUGGAGAUAUCAAAUCUGAUAUUUACAAUCACGUAUAUAUCAUAUUCUCCUUAAUGAAAGAAGUUGCUGGAUAUUUGUUUUCAAGAAGGUAUUAAGUACUACUAAUAAUAACCCUAAAAACUUCAGAAAUUCUUUUAUUGUUAAUUUAUUUACUUAUUUAAUAUAUUUUUUAUUUAUCUAAUAUGUAUUACAAAUAUACAAUUAUAUUAUAAUAUAAUAAAAAAUGAUACUUAAUCAAACUUUUCCAAUUAAAUUUAAAAUUAAUAUUUUAUUUUGUUUUUGGAGUUUAUAGGGUUAAUUAUAGAAUUGCUUGGGCAGUGCUUAAAAUAAUAAGAAAAAGAUCUGUUAAAGGAUCAUGACAAAUAUUUAAUGCUUUUAACUUUUUUAAGUCAAUGUAUGUUUAAUUUUGUAUGUCUUCAACUUCUUAGUGAAAUUUUCAUGUAUAUAAAAAUUAUUCUGAUAAAUUAAUAUAUAUAAAAUUUAUAAAAUGUGUUAGAAGUAAUAUUAAAUAGCUUGUUAAUAUUUUAUUUUUUCAGUUCAUAUAAUAGAAAGAAAUUGUCUAUUAAUAUGAUAUAUAUUACUACUUACAGGGGAAUAACUAUUAAUUAGUUAAUAAUAUUAUCAUAAAUACUAUAUAAUUUAAUCUAAAUAAUUUGAUCAGUUCUUGAUUUUCAAAAAAAAAAAAAAAGAAAGAAGGAAAGAAAAGAAACAAUCGAAGUUGUUAUAAGAUGACAAUCUUAACCAAUAAAUUCCAAUAUACUUUGAAUAAUAAUGAAAGAGAAACAUUUUUUUCUAAUAUAUUUAUUAUUUAUAAAAUUUAUAGAAUUAUUAUCGAUUAAAACAUUGAAAAAGUAACUUUGAUAAAUUUUUUGAAGUACAAUAUGAAUAUCUUCCUAAGUAUCUAUCAUAAAGAAAUAAUUGUAUGUAAAUAAAUAUUGAAUAAUUAAUUUCUUUUUUACAUGUUGAAAGCAGAUAUAAUAAAUAAUUUAUUCUACAAGCUAGUCAAAUUUAGUAUUAUUCUAAUUAACAAUAUACUUAUAUUAACAUAUUUAAUUUUAUUAUUUUUUACAAUUUUGCAUAAUUAUUUAUGAUACGAAUAACUCAAAAUAUAAUAUAAUUUUAUCAUUAUAUUUUAAGGAAAUCAUUCUGGUAAUAUAACAUUAGAUUGUUAUGCUUGUUAUAUUGUUAUAUUCCUAUACUUUUGAUUAUUUGCACAUGCUUAAAUGUAGAUAUUAAGAUAAAAAAAUAAAAUCUGUUUUAUUAGAGGAGAUUAUCUUAUGAUCAUCAAUGCGAUAUUAAAAAUUUUUCAAGUUGAAUCUUCUGAAGGAAAUAUGAUAUAUAAUGACUACAUCAAGUAUGCAAAAUGUAUGUAAACCAAUGUUACACAAAAUGUGUACAAGAAGUACACAAUGUUUGAUGAUUGAUUAUGAAAGAUCAUAAUUAUAAGUAGUGUAUAAUUCUGCUUUAGUAUAUUAUAUUAUAGAUAUUUUAUUUAAUAUGUUUUAUGCUUAUUCAUUGUGGAGAAUGUGAAAAAUAACGUUUUAAUAUUAAUAAUAAUUUA